AUGGCAGCUGCCUUGUGCAGAUUCUUGGAUGUCUUGGCCUUCCUAUUCCUUUUGCUACCUUCUUUAGUUUGUUCCCUCUCGUUUGAUCUGCCAAGCAUUGGUCCUAAGGAUAAAGAUGUGCUCAUUAAAGUGGAAGGAAAUGCAACCAUCACAAACCGUGGCAUCAAACUCACACCGGAUUUAAAUGGCAAAGCCGGUCGAGCCAAGUAUGUUGAAUUGUUGCACCUAUGGGAUAAGGCUUCUGGAGAUUUAGCCGAUUUUACCACCCAUUUCACUUUCAACAUCGACUCAAAUGGUAGCUCUCGCUAUGCUGAUGGAAUGGCCUUUUUCAUGGCUAAUUUUUCCACCCCAUUCGAUAUAAAUCGGACGUGUGGUGGCGCCCUUGGCCUAAUGGAUGCCUAUAAACCAUCUCCAGAUCAUUUCCUUGCUGUGGUUUUUGAUACAUACUCAAACGAGAAGAAUAUGCCAAUGACAAAUGUGAGUAUCAUAAUUAAUUCUGUACUAGUACCCGAGGAGAAUACAGUAUGGUGGAACAAUAUUACACAGGGGAAGAAUAACAAUGCUUCCAUAACUUAUAAUGCUACUUCCAGGAUUCUUCAAGUUGUUUUUACAGGAUUCUGGGAUGGCCAGUACUUGACAGGCAACCUUAGCCAUAUGGUUGAUCUCAGGUACUUGCCCGAAUUCGUUAACGUUGGCUUCUCAGGUGCAACAGGAAUGUUGUCUGAGGAAAACAUUGUAAGCUCGUGGCGGUUCAAUUCCACUUCACUGACACUGAGCUCGUCGGUCAGUAGUGUAUCUCCAUCUCCAUCUCCAUCGCCAGCUCCUCCUCGAGAAGAAAAGAACAAGAAGAAAGGGCUAGUGAUAGGAUUGAGUAUUUGUGUUCCAGUUUUAGUUGCUCUGUUAUUGGCUUUAGCCAUCGUUACUUGUCUUAAAAAGACAGGAACAGAAAUAGGAAACAAUCAAGAGAUUAUUCUUCUUGGUCAGGACAUGGAUAGUGAAUUUCAAAUGGUUAGCAGUGGUCCUAAAAAGUUCUCAUACACUGAAUUGGAGACUGCAACUUACAACUUUGCAGAGGAGCAGAAGCUUGGAGAAGUGGGGUUUGGAGGGGUUUAUAGAGGUUUCUUAAGCAGCCUAAACUUGUAUGUGGCUGUUAAGAGAAUCUCAAGUGGGUCUAAACAGGGGGUUAAUGAAUAUGCAUCAGAAGUAAAGAUAAUCAGCCGAUUGAGACAUAGAAACUUGGUGCCACUUCACGGUUGGUGUCACGAGAAAGGCGAACUGCUGCUUGUUUAUGAAUACAUGCCAUGCAAGUUGCAAAGUUUGAUCAAGAAUGUUAGGCAAGUCCAAGAGUUAGGCACCUACAAACCUCAUUUAUUUUUCUUUCUCAAAUUAUUGUUGCAAUCUGAUCUAUCCCACUUCCGCGGGCGCAACAUGCCAGAAGGCAGCUUAGACUCCCAUCUCUUCAAGAGAAACUCACCUUUGAAUUGGGAGAUCAGGUAUAGAAUUGCACAAGGCUUGGCCUCGGCUUUGUGCUAUCUGCACGAAGAGUGGGAAAAAUGUGUAUUGCAUAGGGAUAUUAAACCUAGCAAUGUCUUGUUGGACUCUAGCUUUAACGCUAAGCUAGGUGAUUUUGGGUUAGCUUGGCUAGUUGACCAUGAAAAUGCACCCCAAAAAACCAUAGUCGGAGGAACACCAGGGUAUGUAGUUCCAGAAUGCAAUUUCACAUUCAAGACGAGCAAAGAAUCAGAUGUGUAUAGCUUUGGAAUCGUUGCAUUAGGAAUUGCUACUGGGCAAAGAGCAAUUCUUGCCAAUGAUCCCGAAGGUGUGAAAACCUUGGUGGAAUGGGUUUGGGAUUUGUAUGGAAUGGGAAAGCUACUAGAGGCUGUAGAUCCUAAACUAUGCGGAAACUUUGAUGAGCAAGAAAUGGAGCAGUUAAUGAUGAUUGGGCUGUGGUGUGCUCACCCUGAUAGUACUUGCCGACCAAAAAUAAGCCAAGCUUUACAUUGUCUUAAAUUCCUAGUGCAAUUGCCCAUCCUUCCACCAAAGAUGCCUAAGCCAUUCAACGUUUCAAGUUCGCAUUGGCAAAUAUUUGAGGGCCAUACGAGGUCAAGCAACAAUACUUGUCCCUCGCGUUUCACUUCAUCUUCCAUCAUGGAUACUGGUUCUUCAUCUUCUGCCUCACAUUCGCACGCACACUGAUAGCACAAUUUUCUUAAUUUCAAACAAGAAUAUUACUUAUUGGGUCUGUUAAUGAUAUAUUUUUGUGUGUUUGCUAUAAAGUCAUUGGUCAUUUUGUUGUCUCUUGUAUUUAUCUCUGCUCUGUGUUAACAAUAAAGUAGUAUAAGAACAGUGGUGAUUGAAAAUGUAAGAGUGUGAGAUACUAUUGGAGAAGAAGGUUAUGUUGAGUCUUGCAGUUUUUUUAUUUUAUUUUAUUUUUAACUAUAGCUAUA